CUAGUGGAGUGUGCAAAAAUUGACACUUGACAGUUCAAAAACAGGUUUGAUUUGAUGGGAACUCAAGUUAGUAAAAUUAUCCGGCCCACCACCACGAAAAUGGCGAACUCAGCGGAAAUUCAACAAUUCAUCAAAGACACUAUUUCUAAGGAAAAAGUUGUUGUGUUUUCAAAGUCAUAUUGCCCGUACUGCACUAUGGCUAAAGAAGUCUUCAAUAAAGUAAAGCAGCCCUUCCAAGUGAUAGAGCUAGACCAGCGAGAUGACGGUGCUGACAUUCAGGGCAACCUUGCUUCAAUCACAGGAAUUCGAACGGUUCCGCAGGUGUUCAUCAAUGGCAACUGUGUCGGCGGUGGUUCUGAUGUCAAGGCUCUGCAUGAGUCCGGGAAGCUAGAAUCCAUUCUUAUUGGUUAAUUUACCAUUACAAACAGAAGCAAUUGUUACCUCAACAUCAUUUAACCACAGAGUUCAAAAAAAUACCAUAGGUAUAUUUAAAAAAAUAUUGACUAAAAACACUUUACAUAGUCUACUUUAACGUUAGUAUUACAUUUUCUUUUGAAUAAAUCUUAAGCUCAUUUGUUUUUAGAUAGAACCAAUUUAUACAGUCACUAUUAUCGAGUAAUGUGAGUUAUAAUCUAUUAAAUUAUUUGUAUAAUCUGCAUUAGCUUCUAAGUACAAGACUACUGUUGUGAAACAAGUUUUUAGUUACCAACUUAAAUAUUGUACUUAUGCAAUUGUUUUAGUUGCCUUUACAUUUUAGUUGUUUUGUAUAUUUUUAUAUGCAUAAUUUAAAUAAACAAGCUACAAGUUA